GAUGGUUGGAGUCGCGAUCGCGAUUCACUUAUGACAUUGAAUAGGCUAAGACCUAUGAUAUUUUGUGCCUAUUUGAUUUUGCCAUUUUGGCGCUGAUGGUAACGUUUCGUAGCGGUGUUGGAAACUCAAACUAAAAAUACAGAUAAAAUUAGCUCCCAGUAACUUCAACUGACGCGUUCAAGUCGGAACCAAGAAAAAGCUGUGACUGCCGAGCAGCGACCUAUCCACCCAAUAUCAGUGGUUGGAUUAAUUUGAAAGAAUUCAAAAAUUUGACUUCAGCAAUUUACAGUUUAUCGUUUACAUUUUCGACUAAGAAUUUCGAGUGUUCGGUUCGGUAAUUAAUAUUUUACUUAGUACAUUAUGCAGCUUUCCACUUAUUGAUUUGCUUUCUUCGAUUGGAUUGUGCACUAUUAGUUUUGUAUUAAAUUUUUACUUGUCACUUAGUAAUACAUUUAUUAACUUCGAAGACUACCUAAAAACCAAAUCGGAAUUGUGGACGAAGAAUCUUGGAGAAGAUGAGUGAUUCCGCUUUGAAGCUCUCGCACAUAUUCUGGGAGGCGGGUGCGGCAUUCGGCAAGCUGUCCGAGCUAACACGGGACUUUCAUAACAUGAAUGAUAGUCAAUCGAGUUGCAAAUGGAAUGAGGAAGAAGUGGAGAUGCUGCGCGCUUGCGUUCACCGCUUUGCCCUCGACUUGCACCAGCUCAGUGUGCACAUUAAAAACAAAACUAUCGAGCAAAUCAAGAGAACAUUGAGGAAGAAGGCAUUUGAGGACGCCGGCAUUCCGCUGCGAGAGGCGAGCGGCCCUCCCGAGCCCCCGUCAGCAUCCUGCACUGAGUCUAGCGAUGUCUCCUCGGAUCCCGAGAGUUGGACGGGAACCACUGAGGAGGAGGCAUCAUCGUAGAGCAGCCUGCUUUCUGCAUCACGAUCUCUGUCUGUGUACCUUCCUCUGUUAGUUUAUGUUUUAAGUUAAAUGCAUUUAGAUUUAAGUCAUUAUGUGAAUUCAAUGUAAAAGUGGCAUAGGAAAGACCUCUUUGAUCCUCUGUCAUUGAUUAAAAUGUGAUUUUUUUAAAUAUGUCUCACAUCUUACUAUUAUUAUAAAUGCAAACAUUUUGAAGGUGGUUGUGUUUUGAAGGUAUAUCCGGAACGGCUCAAUACAUCAUAAUUAAAUUUGGCGACAGUUAGUUUAUUAAUAAUUUAGUUAACAAUUUAUUAGGCAGACGUUAUCUGAGCUGAAGUGACACUUACUGUCUCACAAAUAAGUACAUUUAGAUGUGUUGUGUGAACAUGAUGUCCUGCCACUUGUGGUGUAUGAGUGUUACAUCUGCUUGUCUGUGGCUGUGGGUCUCCUCUAUCAUAGACUACAAAGAUGUCAGCUCGGGCGACUUGUGCACAUUUUAAAUGUGCAUUCAGUAUUUAAAGUAUAAAAGAUGGCUGCGCUCCAGUUCAUUCCUCCACUGUCUAGUCUCGAGUGUAGCCAAUUUAUUAUUUAGUUAUUAUGUGUAUG